AUGAAGUUAAGCGGUGAAAUGAUGUCCGUUUAAAGUUAUCUUUAUGAAUAAGCACAUAUCAAAGAAGAAGCAUCAAAAAAAGAAAUUGUUAGACUUAUCAGAUAAGUUAUAGAUGGUCUUGAAAAAAAUAACAAUAUCAAAGAAUUAAAUGAAUAAUUAUCUAAAUUAAUAAUUGGAUUAAGAACAUGUAUUAAUUAAUAAGAAGUAUCAAGUUAUAUCAUUUAAUUAAUACAAAUCAUUAGAGAAAUUACUAAUAAUCAUUAAUUCAAAAAAUAAAUACAAAAUGAAAACGAAAAAGCACUUCUAAUCAAACGUAUUCAUUAAUUAGAAUUAUAAGCCAAAGAAAAUUAAUCUCAAUUUGGUAAUUAUAAUUUAUAAUAUUAUUUUAGAACUUAAAAUUAGAGAUUGUGAAACUUAACAAAAGAUCAAAUAAUAUUAAGAAGAAUUAGAUAAUAUUAAAAAAUUGAAAAAAUAAAAUGAACAUCCUAAACCAUAACAUAAUUCUCCAAAAAGAAUAGAAUUAAAAAAUUAAAUCACAUUUAUGCAAUAAAAAAUACAAGCACUCUCAGAAAAAGAAAAAAAAUUAAUUUAAUUAGUAAAAGCUGUUAAAUCUAGAGGAAUUGAUGUUGAACAAAUUUAUAAAAAUAUCAAUCAAAUAUCAAGUCAAAAUAGUAGAAUCACUAAAGAUGAUACUAUUAAUUAUAUAACUGAUAGUUCGAAUUCUAAUUUUGCUGAUAUUUCAUAAUUUGAUAUAGGUCAAACUUUAAUAAAAAGAAAUCCAAAAUUUUUAUUUGAUUGA